CAGGAGAAUAGAAACAGAAGCAGUACUAUUAACUAUUAAGUAGAACAAAGAACAGUCGCAGUCGCAGUCGCGCGGUAUCGGGGAAGUAGGAAGAAGCGAGUCUGAGAGAGAAGAAAUCUGAUAUCAGAAGACACAAUGAGUGAGGCAGGUCCAAAGCUCUACGCCAACAAGCCCAAGAAAGCGCAGCUUAAGCAAUUUCAGGAGCAACUGAAGGCAAAAGAUUUCUCUUCCCCAACACCAACACAGACACCGUAUGCAUCAGCAUCUUCAGCUGCUGCUGAGUCGUACAGAAUGGGGUCUCAGUCUACAGCUCCUCCUCCUCCUCCUCCUCCUCCUCAGCCUCCUAAGGAGUCCUUUGCUAGACGUUACAAAUUCCUUUGGCCCCUUAUCUUGACUGUCAAUCUAACUGUUGGAGUAAUGUUUGAUGAAAUUCCCAAUUAACAUGGCUUGAGUGCACGUAUAGUGAGCUCAUGUUAGAAUAUCACUCCAUUACAUUAGCAAGUUAAGAAAGCACCUUAAAAGGAUUUACCUGCAGAGGUCAAUGGGAGGAAAAUGUUCGGCCUUUAACUUGGGGUGUGGUCCCAUAGACGCAUAACUGGAGAGAGAAUGUGACAUCUUGCAGUUAUCCUGCUGGUGAUUAAUUAAAUUGAUCAUAUUCGGGAAUUAAAGCUUCAAUUGUAGUGGAGAACAAGUUUUGGAGACUAUUUGACAUGCUAAUAUCUUGGAGUUGGAGCCUAUUUAUUUCAAAUGAAUAACCGAAUACAGCUUGCAGUUGACUGUGGUGCAGCAUAUUGGGAAGGAUUCUGAAGGCUCUUUAAAUAUAUAAACUGUCAAAGGGCAUCAGCAAAUGAAUGCUAGUCUCCCAUGUGUGAUUUAGUGAUUGCAUCAAAAUUAUCGAACUGUUUAGUUGUUUUGCUCUCAGUCAGCACCGUGUCAAGCCCAUUUGAGUAUCACAUGCUACCUUAUUUUCCAUUGACCGUGCCAUCAAGCGUGGCUGAAGCAUCUCUUAGAACUGUAUAUGAGCCCAUUUCACCUGUGAAACCAGCAUAGUAGAUCCAUGGUACAGUAGACUGCAGCACACCAGAUAAAGAAAGGCAUAGGUAUUUGUUCCUUUUCGAAAUCAUUGAAUCUGUUGAUAAUAAAAGAUCCUUCUGGCUUUCCUGAACAAAUGACAGUGACAGGAGGAACCUAUAGAAGCAUUUCAGUAUCACUUGAAGAAGUGAUAGAUUGAUUCAAAUACUUCAUAUGGCAAGGAAGAAAAUCUGAUGGCCAUUCUUCUUCCAUCCUAUAUCUGAUUAGAUAAGUGUGAUUUGCUUCUUGAAAAGCACAACUCAGAAUCUAACAUCUGUCCACUAAUUCCAGUCUGUUGGGUCUAUUUGAUUAUUUAUGAGUUCAUAAAAUUUUCAUUAACUAGUACACCUAGGAAUUUAACUCUUUGUUAGGUGCUCAUUUCAUAUAUAUUGCAGCAUCACUAUGCAGAGGAUAAUAUCCAUA